CCCGCAUGCAGCCCCGCGGCAGCUCCGCCGCACACGCCCAGCCGCGGGGCCGCCUCCCGGCAUGAGGAGCUGCAAGAUGGUGCGGGUGGCCAGCGUGCUGGGGCUGGUGAUGCUCAGCAUCGCUCUGCUCAUCCUCUCUCUCAUCAGCUACGUCUCGCUCAAGAAGGACAACAUCUUCGGCGCGCCCCGCGCCGCCGGCCCGGGGGGGCCCCGCAUGUACAUGUUCCACGCGGGAUUCAGGUCCCAGUUCGCGCUGAAGUUCCUUGAUCCCUCGUUCGUCCCCAUUACAAAUUCGCUGGGCCAGGAGCUGCAGGAGAAGCCGUCCAAGUGGGUAUUUAACCGGACAGCGUUCGCACAGCAGAGACAAGAAAUCCUUCAGCAUGUCGAUGUCAUAAAAAAUUUUUCUUUGACCAAGAAUAGUGUUCGGAUUGGACAGCUGAUGCAUUAUGAUUAUUCCAGCCAUAAGUAUGUUUUUUCCAUAAGCAAUAACUUCAGAUCACUGCUUCCAGAUGUGUCACCGAUCUUAAAUAAACAUUACAACGUUUGUGCCGUGGUUGGAAACAGUGGAAUCCUGACUGGGAGUCAGUGUGGGCAAGAAAUAGAUAAGUCUGAUUUCGUUUUUCGCUGCAAUUUUGCUCCAACUGAGGCAUUCCAAAAAGAUGUUGGAAGGAAAACCAAUCUCACAACCUUCAACCCCAGCAUACUGGAGAAGUAUUACAACAAUCUCUUGACCAUUCAGGAUCGCAACAACUUCUUUCUGAGCUUAAAAAAGCUUGAUGGGGCGAUUCUUUGGAUCCCUGCUUUCUUCUUCCACACGUCAGCAACGGUCACUAGAACACUGGUUGACUUCUUUGUUGAGCAUCGAGGCCAACUAAAGGUCCAGUUGGCUUGGCCAGGAAAUAUAAUGCAGCAUGUUAACAGAUACUGGAAAAACAAACACUUGUCACCCAAACGGCUGAGCACAGGUAUUCUCAUGUAUACCCUUGCUUCUGCCAUAUGUGAAGAGAUUCACUUGUAUGGAUUCUGGCCCUUCGGGUUUGAUCCCAACACAAGGGAGGACCUCCCGUACCACUACUACGACAAGAAAGGAACCAAGUUCACCACCAAGUGGCAAGAGUCCCACCAGCUGCCUGCAGAGUUCCAGCUGCUCUACAGGAUGCACGGUGAAGGACUGGCCAAACUGACCUUGUCGCAUUGUGCCUAAACACCUAAAUCUUGAAGUGCCAAAUGAUUGUCUAAAAAAGUGCCCAAAUCUGAGUUAAAUGCUCUUCAGAUACAAUUCUAAAAAAAAAAAAAAAAAAAAAAAAAAAAAAAAAAAAUCCACCCUAAAAUAUUUUCCAUAAUAUGCAGAUGCUUUUCAAUCACCCUUGCCAUUGUUCAUCAAAGGGUCUCAGCACAUUUAGCAACGCAGAAACUGCAGAAGCACUUAUCAAAUUCUGUGGAUGCUAUUCAAGCAGCAGCACCAGUGAAGCUGAAGUAUUUUGCUUUUAUAUAUAUGCUAUGAAAUAUGUUUUAAAAUCUUUUCAUAUUUCAGCAUCCCACUACAUGCCUGUAAACAUCUUAUUUCGGUUGUUCCUUUCAGAUUAGGAUUAGGAACUCUGCUUUCAUAAGGCAUUACUUUUCUCGUACAUGUUGCUGUGAGUUGCUCAGCACACAUGGAUUUGCCGUGGCCAAUUGGUAGAGCCACCCCGAGCCCCAGCUCUUUGUCAUUUACAAGUUCCUCAGUGUGGAACUCCAUUUCCACUGCUUGCAUAUUUUCGUACUUACUGAAUUUAACGUUUUUUUAAGAACAACAAUGGAGAAGGUCAAAAUAUGGCUUGUACUUGGUUCCCCAGCCCCCUGUGUGUGUCAGUGCUGUAUGCUGCAGGGGGGGUGGGGGAUGGGGUGAGUGAUUCCCAUCCCAGUUAACUGUACAGGAAAAUGUCCCCCCACCAGCCCGAGGGGGAGAUGGAGUGAGGUCAGGGCAGCCCAGUUUCUGAGAAAUGGCCUCGAGAGGGAAGUAAGCACAGUGGGUAUGUGGAGAGCAGGAGAUAUGAUUUUCAGGGUCCCAGUUUACAUCACCGAGUUCAUGGUCAGACAGCUGAAUAGGUGGUCUCGUGUUCUGGUCAGGAACAGAUGUUUGAGGAGAUGGAGCUUUCUAGAUACCUUUGAAGGUCAGGCUGGUUGCAAAAAGGACAAAUCAUAGGGUUUCUUGUAUUUGAGAAUCUUGGCCAUGUUGUCUCAGGAUAAAGGAGUCUGUAAAGCAACUGUUUUUUCUUAUUAAAAAGAGUAUGCUUCAAAGUA